AUGGAAAGAAGUACACAGACGGAGUCCACCUCGCCCUCGAGUAAUGCCAAUUCGAGUAGGACGAGAGCGAACGGCGAUGUUGAAGCUCAACAAUUCCAGGAGAAGAAAGGCAAAGAAUCGACGCUGGUGCAAUGGGACGGCCCGAAAGAUCCAGACAAUCCAGUCAAUUUCUCACCCGCUCGCAAAUGGACCAUCACCGUGAUGCUUGAGUUGAUGACCGUUUCGGUGACUUUUGCAUCGUCUGUCUUCAGCACUGCUGCCCAGGUCACAGCCAAAAAAUUUCAUGUCUCUGAAGAAGUUAUGGUCCUAGGGACGAGUCUCUUCGUCCUAGGCUUCGCCUUUGGGCCAAUGGUUUUCGGACCUCUAUCCGAGCUGUAUGGGCGCAAGACACCACUGUUUGUGGGCUUCUUGAUUUUCGCCAUCUUUCAAAUUCCGGUUGCAGUGGCACAGAAUCUUCAGACCAUUUUCAUCUGCCGAUUCCUGGGAGGCUUCUUUGCAAGUGCGCCUCUGGGUAUUGUUGGCGGUAUGUUGGCGGAUCUUUUCAAUCCAGUAGAUCGCACCAUUGCCGUUGCCGUCUUUGCUGCGAGUACCUUCAUCGGGCCUGUCGCUGGCCCCAUUGUCGGUGGGUUUAUAACCAUGUCAUACCUAGGUUGGCGGUGGACCGAAUACAUCACCGCCAUCAUGGCGUUCUUUUUUAUGACUUUGGGCUUUUUCAUUGUCCCUGAAACGUUCGAGUCAACCAUUCUUCAGCGUCGCGCCAAGCGGCUGCGGUUUGAAACUAAGAAUUGGGCGCUACAUGCCAAAUCUGAAGAGCAGCCCAUCAGCCCUCGACUAAUUCUGCGAAAGUACCUCCUGAGGCCAAUGCAAAUGCUGAUUUUAGAGCCUAUCUUGCUGCUGGUCACUCUAUACAUGGGUUUUAUUUACGGCUUCCUAUAUCUCUGCUUUGAGGCCUAUCCGAUUGCCUUUCAGGAGUAUCGCAGGUGGAACGCAGGAGUCGGAGAAUUGCCGUUUCUGGCCAUCACCUGUGGCGUGCUUGUCGGGUGUGGCAUCAUAAUCGCCUUUGCUAAGACGCGCGUCGAGCGCAUGUACAAGGAGAUCGGCUCAGUGAUACCUGAAGAGCGUCUCAUCCCAAUGAUGAUUGGAGGAGUUCUAUUGCCGGCCGGCAUGUUUUGGUUCGCAUGGGCAUCAGAUCCGAACAUCAUCUGGGUUCCGCAGGUGAUCUCAGGAGUUUUCCUCGGAGCCGGAGUAUUGUUGAUCUUCUUGCAGGGACUCAAUUAUAUCAUCGAUUGCUACGCUAUGCAUUCGAAUUCAGCCAUCGCGGCGAAUUCCUUCUUCCGAUCAAUGCUGGGAGCAGGCUUUCCCAUGUUUGCACUGCCCAUGGUGUGUUCUCCAACACUUCCGUAA